CUCCCCCCGCCCCAGUGCCAAAAAAUCCAUACCUACCAUCCAAGUCGCACAGGCAACCAAACAAAAUAGUAUCCACACAUGGACCUACACUAUAGUUGUCGUCCGGAGUCUCAGGGUUCCCAUCGGAGGAGAUCUGGAGUCAAGGUCUUCAGGGGCAUUCGCCGUGUUUGAUGUGACAUUCCCAGGGGGGGGGGUUUCUGUUUAUACAAGAUAUUUGGAAUCUGGGAGUGUGUGGUACGGUACUUGGAUUAUGGGAUGUUACACUGGUUUGGAGAUGGAAGGUUUACUCGAACGUUGGAUGGGUGUAGGAACGGGUAACGGGUAAUGGGUAAUGAACUGGAUUACUGGUUUGGUUUGAGGUACUUUCUAGGCGGUUGUAGAGGAGUGUUGAAGGUGAAUGUCAUGGUUUACAAACAGAGAAAAUGGCCAAAAGGAACAAAAGAAUGGGAAAAAAUGUGGGAAAGAAAGAAUAAAAGGAAGAAAAGAUGAUUCAUCCAAUUCACAAGUCAUGUAUGCGAAGUGAGUCCCGGUCCCACAAGAUUGGUUACUUCGCCUGCACUGGAUAUCA